UCAACAACUCUUUCACACGCAAUGCGUUCUCUGGCGAAGUUUCUCCAGUCCUCCGAACCGCUGCGGCAGGCGGAAUCGCCUGCACCCCUACUUACCGUUGACUCCGACGUCGUCGUCAUCCUCGCCGCGCUCCUCUGCGCCGUCAUCUGCGUCGUAGGCCUCGCCCUCAUCGCCCGCUGCUCCUGCUCCUCCGCCUCCGCCUCCGCCGCUGCACCCGCUCCGUCCUCGCCGCCCAGUAAGGGGCUGAAGAAGAAGGUUCUCCGAGCGCUUUCGACGCUUUCCUUCGACUCGUCCGCAGCCGUGGCCGGCUGCGUCCAGCUGGUCGACUGCGCCAUCUGUCUCGCCGAGUUCGCCGACGGCGAUGAGGUCCGCGUCCUCCCGCAGUGCGGGCACGGGUUCCACGCCGGGUGCGUCGACACGUGGCUCCUGUCCCACUCGUCCUGCCCCUCCUGCCGCCGGGUCCUGGUGGUCCCCGCCCCGCCAUCGCGGUGCGGCGCGAACUCCUCCGAGACCGUUCGCGCCCCCGACGCCAAGGCGGCCGAGUGCGGCAGCGUCAGCACGGUCUCGCCCUGAAACACUUCCCCUCUCUGUGGUGCGAAGCAGGCUUACAAUUGCUGAUGGAAACCAAGUUUGUGCCAUCAGACUUUAUUGGAAGCAGAAGAACUACUAGUAGACUGGAGUUUGGUCUAUCACCAUUGCCUGCAGUGGAGUUGUUGGGUUCACAUGUUUCCACAAAAGACUGCCUUCUCUUUCCGAAUUGCUUUCAUUUACCUUCCCUUUU